CUGGCCACUCCUGGGAUCUGACACAGCUGCAGGUGACCUCUGUGCUGGAGGAAUGACCGCCAGGGACCGGGCCACGUGGCUGCCUCUGGCCCUGCUCCUCCUGCAUGUCCCAGGCUGUUUCUCUCUGAGCUGCCCCGACACCGUGACGGGCACCGUGGGGGGAUCCCUGAGCGUGCAGUGUCAGUAUGAGGAGGAGUUCAGGACUGCAGACAAAAUCUGGAGCACAUAUAGCGACGACAUUGUGGCGACUGGCGGGUCAGAAAGAGAAGUAAGGAGUGGCCGAGUGUCCAUCAGGGACCACCCUGAAAACCUGACCUUCAAAGUGACCUUGGACAACCUCACAAUGGAGGACAGUGGCGAGUACUGGUGUGGGAUCCGAAGCCGUCCCAUCGACGGAAUUUACAGGGCUGACCAGGUAGAGGUGACGGUGUUCCCAGCCCCGACCGCAGCCUCCAGCCCCGACAGCCUCACAGGCACGGCGUGUCCUCCCACGCCCCUGCCAGCAGGCACCUGGCCCAGCUCCUCCGGGCAGGACAGCCCCGAUGCCAGCCCACGCCCUCGGUGCCUGCAGGACAAAGCCCACUUCCUGCUCCUGAUGCUCCUGAAGCUGCCCCUGCUCCUGAGUGUGCUGAGUGCCGUCCUGUGGGUGGGCAGGCCUUGGGGAAGCCUCGGGGCCAGGCAGCAUCAGCCUGAUGAUGAAAUCCAGUAGCCCUGAUGCCCAUCGA